AUGAUCACCGAAGAACAAAUGAGCAUCGGACAACGAACAACGGAUGUCAUGGGUACAGUUAUACAACGUGCAGCGUAUGUGGAACAGGAGUGUGGUACAGUGGUACAGUUAUACAAGGUACAGCGUAUGUGGUACAGGACUGUGUUAUUAGGGUACCAAUAUACAAAAUACAGCGUAUGUGGUACAGCGUAUGUGGUACAGGACUGUGUUAUUAGGGUACCAACUUACAAAAUACAGCGUAUACGACCUCCGGAAGAACUGCUGAGCGACCUGAUGGCGGGGGGCGUGGACUCGAAGGCCGGAAAAGGAGAAGGACAGCGAGCUCGGAGGAGACAAGGAGGCGUCGGGCAGUGCCACUUGGGCGGCCGCGCGCUGUUUUUGAUGCUGUUCCUGCUGAUUCCCGCGGUCAUGCUCAUCGUGUGGCUGCUGGUGGGCCUCGCGACCUCGCCCGUGCCCUACCCGCUGGAGAACAUCGACGUCGAGGCCGACGACCUGUCCCUGCUGGCGGCGGAGCCGGCCUACGCCCUUGUGGAGGAGUUCCUCGAGGCCGAGGACAGCGAGAUCAUGCGACUGCAGCUGGCGAGCGCCAUGGAGGAAGCGUCGAAGGACAUCCAGCAGAUCGUGGCCAGCGUUUCGGACGAGGCGGACUCCGCGCCCCUCAACAUCGACGUCGAGGAGGAAGUGCACCUCCUCAAGGACAUCAUGAGCGUCCUUUCCGACACGUCCGAAGAAAACAAUGCGGAUGGCAGGCACGCUGGAGGAGCAUGA